GGAAGAGCUCUUCUCCGCCUGUGGUAGUAAAGCUCUCGGGAGGAUAAGUGCGCAAGAGGAGACUGCGAACACGAAAACCUGUGGUUCUUCUUUACUGGUUCGUUUCUAAUAGAAAAAAAGAGGAGAAGUAAAAAAAGAAAGACGCACACACAAAAACAGCUCCGUUUGUACGCUAGAGAUAUCAGCUCGACAGUAGGAUGGAGCAGCUGAGUGAAAUGGAGUGCGGAGUGCUGAAGCGGCUGCUGAAGGAGGAAAACACGGCGCGGUGCCUGCUGCUGGACUGCCGCUCGUUCCUGGCGUUCAGCUCCUGCCACAUCCGGAGCGCCGUGAACGUCCGCUGCAACACGAUCGUGCGCCGGAGAGCGAAGGGAUCCGUGUCUCUGGACCAGAUCCUGGCCGGUGAUGAGGAGGUGAAGUGCAGACUGAUCUCGGGCCUCUAUUCGGCCGUUAUCCUGUACGAUGAGCGCACUCCGGACGCGGACGCUCUCAAAGACGACAGCACCAUCGCACUGGUGUUUAAUGCGCUGGGCAGAGACACCUUCAACACAGAGGUCUAUCUCCUCAAAGGAGGUUACGACCGGUUUUUCUCUCAGUAUCCAGAAUACUGUUUGAAGAGCAAAACUCUGGCCAUGGCGGCGUCUCAGAGCAGCACUGAGGCGAGCUGUACCUCCUGCACAACUCCACAACACGACCAGGGUGGCCCCGUGGAGAUCCUCCCCUUCCUGUUUCUCGGCAGCGCCUUCCACGCAUCCAAAAAGGACAUGCUGGACGGCAUGGGCAUCUCUGCCUUGCUGAACGUGUCUUCAAAUUGUCCCAACCACUUUGAAGGAGCCUACCAGUAUAAGUGCAUCCCGGUGGAAGACAACCACAAGGAGGACAUCAGCUCCUGGUUCAUCGAAGCCAUCGACUUCAUAGACUCUGUGAAAGACUCCAAAGGCCGUGUCCUUGUUCAUUGUCAAGCGGGGAUUUCACGUUCAGCUACCAUUUGCCUGGCCUACCUGAUGAAGAAGAAGCGCGUGUGCCUGGACGAGGCUUUCGAGUUUGUCAAGCAGCGGCGCAGCAUCAUCUCGCCCAAUUUCAGUUUCAUGGGCCAGCUGCUGCAGUUUGAGUCACAGGUGCUGGCCACGUCAUGCUCAGUGGAGGCAGCCAGCCCGUCAGCCACUCUGGGGCCCAAGUCUUCCCCAUCUAAAAGCUCACCCUUCAUCUUCAGCUUCCCUAUGGGGCCGGUGGGGCCACACGGGCAGCCCAGUAGCCUUUCCUACUUGCAGAGUCCGAUCACCACCUCACCCAGCUGCUGAUAAACUGCCCAAACAAUCUCAGACUGGGGUGUGAAUGAACUGAGGCCUCACUAAUGAAGGAUACUUGUAUGGACAGUCCCUCUGAGGGGGUUGGGGGAAUUGUCACAAAUGUUCACCCUUAACGUUUUACCCACCGAAGUUUGAUUAGUGGCUGGGCAGCUGGAAGGGGAUCUCCAGCAAUCAAUCAUGAACUUGGCAAAGACAAGAAGAAGAAUGACUUUGUAUUCACCUGUGAGAGCAAUGUAUUUCGUGUUCUUCCAAAGCCCUGCUGUUUGAUUUGGUAGGGUGGGUUGGAGACAUGCAUCCUCCUUUCCCUGCUGUCUCACUUCCUGACAAAGAGCAGUAGGCCCUUCGGCUGUGCCAGGUGCUGUACACUGUGUCCAGGACUGUUGGCUUUCGGUUUUCCUCCUCCUCCUUUUCUUAGUCAGAAAGAAAAAGUCCAGCACAGACAGAACCUGCUCGUGGUCAGGGGGUUCAUGCAGCAUGUUUCAUUUGUAUUUGUUUUGUUUGUUUGUUUUUUGUGGUCAGUGCCUUCUACAGAGAAGGUACAGGCACAGAAGGGUCUGUCUUGGCAAUCACAUCCUGAACAUCACCUUCCCUGUAUGAUCAGAUCUUUGAAGGCGGUCUCCGUCUUUUAACCGAAACAGAGCAAUAACUUUUCUCUGCCUCUUCCCAGUUGCCACCAAAGCACUGCCGUGUUUCAGAUGUCUAUCACACUGUACGAUCAUACCCUUCAUGUCUUAGUUUCUGUUCUAAUCAUUUGUAAAGUAGCAAGCUCGGGCGUUAUCGCCGCCGUACGCGUUGCAAGCUGUCGAAUUCUCCGGGAACCGAAUGUUCUCGUUUUUUUUAAAACUCAUUUUGGUACAGAUUUGUUUUGUGAAGUGUACACAGAUUUCCCUAGGUCACUAUGAUAGGUCUAACCACUGUAACCUUUAUUUCUCACGUAAACGUGGAUCCGUUAACGGCAGCAACUCUUGGUGCCGUGGGACUGCACCGGAUGAACAUAUAAACAGAAUGAAGACGUCCGCAAUCUUCUCUAUGUUUAUGUUAAGACACCGCUCAGCAAGAGACUCCACCUUUUGACUCCUUCCACUUGCCUUGAAGAGUAGACUUCAUCUCAACAAUGAAUUGAGGGUUUCCUGGUUUCACGUUUCCUGACAAAUGUGGGCACCUUUUUUCUUUUUAAAGAGCACUUUUUAAGUGAUGCAAUAUGCUGAGGUUUUGUUUUGCACACGACCGGAGUAGAUAAAUGUAGAGUACAGUUUGCGUUUGUUACGCCCGUUAGAGCUUUACUUCGUUGUCCAUGUAAAUUCCAUGGUCUGUCAACACAUCACUGAUAAAUGCAAUACUUUUUACUGAAUCUGUCAACUCAGACGUUUAGACUGCCUAUGGCAAUAUCAGUCAGUUGAAUUUUUAAAGCGAUUUGUUGUGUAUGUAUAGUUUUAUUUAUUCCUUGACUUCCAUUGUCAAAUAUAACUACGUUCUUUAAUAAAAA